UUUAUACCUAAAGAAGUGAUCACCAUGUGGUGCCAAGGGUUUGGAACAAGAGAGUUGUGAUGGCCGUCCAACACCACGAGUGUAUAUAUACUCAGUGCCACUGGAUCGGACACAUUUGUUUUUCCCUACAACGUUCAGGUCCAGUGGAAAGUGAGUGCCUUCAAAGAGAGGUUCCAGUAAGCAGUGUGAGCAGGCUGCUGCAUGCGCCAUUGUUUUUGUAGUCCCAGGCCCGCUGGGGGCCAAUGGGAAAGCAGGGACCUCACACAAUGAACACUCGAGACAGAGGGCGUCCAGCCAAUGAGCGGCCGGUCCGCGGUUGCUAAGCUACGGAGUAGGGACCUGCAGAACCUCUAUCUGCACAAGUUGGGACCAGCUGGCACAUUGUACCUUCCUUCAUCUCGCUUCACCCUACUGCUUCCCACCUUCCCUCACCCACUAAAUCGCACCGAACCGCACCGCGCAGCACUGCAGAGCUAGGCCGGUCGGAGAAAGCGCACCCAACGCCCAGCAUGCGGGGGCAAAGACACCGGGUUGGGUCAUCGGGUCAUCGCCAGAGUCGGAGCCGCUCCCGCACCAGCAUCUAUGGCAUGUCCUUUUCUGUGAGCAAAAUGGAGUCCCUCCUGAGGGACAGCCAUUAUGCCCGGUACCUCAGCUCCUCCACUCCGACCUUAGUCGCGGCUAUCACCGAAUAUAUCACCGCCAAGGUCCUGGAGCUGGCAGGCAGGGAGGCCAGGAACCGCGGCCAGAGCCAAAUUACUCCGGAGUUAUUGGACAUGGCCAUCGAGAGUAAUUCGCGAUUUCGUGCCUUCUUCGGGAACACGACCAGCUCCCAGGUGGCCACGCACCAGGAGUAACUUCCCAACAUGACCCACCUGGGUCCCCAGGCCUGCUCAAAGCCCGGGCAGCCUGGACGUGUCUUGUGACUUGGGACACGGCACUG